UAACGUGAAACGAAACUAAAACUUCUCACAGCGCACGGAUAAAGAGACAUAUAGGAAAACGAGAGUCAGAUCACAGAGAGGCGCGUCGAGGUAACAGAGGACAAGAUAAUCAGAGACUUCAGACAUGAGCUUCCAGGUUUGCAGCUGUGGCUGGUCCAAAGUCACGACCUAUCAGGGCCUGAGGAUUCACCAGGGGAAGAAAGGAUGCACGCCGAAGGGAAUGAGGAUCCCUGAGAGCGAACAAUUCCGUUAUAACAGUCAUGUCCCCCAAAUGACUUUUGCAGUACCUACAAUCAAAAUGCCAGAGCAUUUUGAGGACCUUUUAUCCUCUUUGACCAAGUCUGAGGCUGAACAGAACAUGUGGAUAAAUGUUUGGGGAACUCAUCGAGGAGAAAGCAGACCAAACGCCAACAGAGAGCCAAGAAUCCAAGAGAGUGAACAGCUCAGAUUUAAUCGUGUUGUUCCUCAAUUAGCCUUACCGAGACCUCCAAUCAGAGAAGCUGAGCCCCUUUUCACCCCUUUGACCAAGCCUGGACCUCCAGUCAGAGAAGCUGAGCCUUUGGUGGAAGUUUUCCCCACUUUUACUUUGUCAGAGGGCAUGAAUAACAUUCAGUUACAUCGACGGGAAGACUCUCGUCAAAGAGAGAGCAGAUUGACUGACAACGCUCCAGUCAAGCAUGAGAAUGUAUUUUCAAGCCUCUCCAACCCAACGAUUCCUGAAGCCAGAAUAACACAAUCUCUGCAGAUGACCAAACCAUUCAUUAACAAUCAACAGCAAUCUCUGCAAACAGGCUUUAACUCAGACAAAAGCAAUGGAGUCCUUGAUGUCAACAGUGGUGCACAGACUCUCUCCAUGUCACUGGCGCCACUGACCCUCGGCACGUCAAUGAACCUCGGCACGCCUCUGAACCUUGGCUCGCAUCUGAACCUCGGCACGCCAGCAAAGUCUGCGGCUGCAGAGGUCGUAUUGGAGGCGACAAACCAACAGUUGUUUCAAACUCCGCCACCGGCUUUUAAUACCACAAGCAGAGCUCGUCGAACCCUUGAUUUCCACACUGGUGCAGUGCAGCUGGAGCAGCAAAUUGGUUUUAAUACUCCAACAACUGCAUCUCAGGAAAGACAGCAGAAGCAGAAAGACAGAGAGAGACAGAGGAAAGAACAACAACUAGCAAAGGAAAGGCACGACGCGAUAAGGGCAGAUUUACAGCUGAAAAUUCAGAUGAUAGAAAUAAAGAUGGCCGAAGUCAAAUUAUCUUCAAAGCAAUGCAAGGUCAGCUUGGAUACUGAAUGGCUGGAGAUAAACAAUGUGUUCUCGGAUGUGAUGAGAGACGUGGAGGAGGCUCGGGACAAAGCCCUGCAACCUCUUGAGGAGAGGAGACACAGAGUAAAGAGAGAAACAGAAGUCUUUGUCGAGAAACUGGAAAAGGAAACGGACCAACUCAAAAAGGCCAUUGAGGAGCUGGAACAGAACCAAGACUUGCAGGUUUCUCCUCUCACAUGCCUGGAUGACUCUUGGAAAACUGUGACCGUCGACACAUCAUUCUCCUUCGGUACACUCAGAACUACCACUUCAAACAUGAUAAAAAACAUUCAGAAGAAACUAGAGCAACUCUCCUCUACUGAACUCAGGAGGACUUCCAAAUUUGAAGUGGAUGUGAAGCUGGACCCGGCCACUGCUCAUCCAUUCCUUGAGCUUUCCCGCGAUGGGAAGAAAGUGACAGAGGGAGGAAAGGAUCAGCGAGUUCCUUACUCUCCAGAGAGGUUUGACAUGUUCGGCAGCGUCCUGGGGCUCAACAGGUUCCCCUCUGGGAAGUCCUACUGGGAGGUGGAGGUCAGAAACAAGACCGGUUGGGAUCUGGGUGUAGCGAGAGGGGACGCAAACCGCAAGGGUAAACUAACGCUGACCCCCGAUAAUGGUUACUGGGUUACUGUGCAUUAUGAAAAUGAGAAGUACGCAGCAAUGGCAACUCCCCCGACCAGCCUCGCCCUCACCGAGAAACCUCAGAAGGUGGGAGUGUUUGUGGAUUACGAGGAGGGUCUUGUGUCCUUUUACAAUGUGAUGGCGAAAUCUCACAUCUACUCGUUUACUGGGUGUUUGUUCAACGGUGAGAUUGUGCCUUAUUUUAGCCCACAUCUUAAAGAAAACGGGAAAAACUCAGCUCCUCUCAUUAUCUCGGCUGUGAAUUAGUCGGAGAGUACGUCUAGUAAGCGCGUGUUCUUCACCUGGUACGAAAUGCACGGAGACUGAGAACGGCUCUGCUUGGGGCCGAUAUCGUUACUGAUAUUCGGGAGGGGGAAAAUUCUGAUACUGAAAUACCGACCAGUAUCUUUCUAGAUCUAUCUUAGAUUUUUAGAGAUUGAUUGAUGUAGAUAAACAUUUAUUGUGCUGAUCCCUCAAAUGCAGUUUUAGUGGCGCAAUGGUUAGUGUGCGCGCCCCAUGUAUGGAGGCUAUUGUCCUCCAAGUGGGCGCCCCAGGUUCAAAUCCCACCUGAGGCUCCUUUCCCACAUGUCAUUCCCUACUCUCUCCCCCUGAUUUCUGACUCUAUCCACUUUCCUAUUUCUCAAUUAAAGGCACAAAAGCCCAAAAAUAAAUCUUAAAAACAAUAUCUAAAAAAAAUCAGUGCACUGAAACACUAAUUUAGAAAUUUAGAAUUAAACACUUGUAAAAAAUAAACUAUGCAAAAAUAAAUGGUCAACUUGAAUAGAAUAAACCUCGUUAUAUCAGAGACAAAAUUAGCCGAUUCCGAUAGUCUCUUGAUAUGCUGAUAUAUCGGCCGAUAUUAUCGACCUGCCAAUAUUAUCGACCAGCCGAUUUAUCGGUCGGGCUCUAUUUUCUAGUCCCCUAAAACGUUACCUUGAACUACUGAAAUUGAAAGCGAGUUUUUCUUAGAAUAUAUUACAUUAUUAUCUGGAGAAAUCGCUCCUUAUUUCUCAAACGUGUGUAUUCACAUUUAAUCAGCGUAAGGCAAGAAGUGUUUAUAAUUAGAGAUUGAUUUAGGGAUAAAAGUACAGUCAUAUACAACCUCCAUAGAAAUGUAUAAACAUGGAUUUAGCGUCAGAUUUUACAGUGGCAUUAUAAUUCCUGAAAUUGCUUUAUUUUUUGUUUGUCCGUCCUGGUCAUCUGGGGUGCUCUUUCUAAGCCGUCCUUGUUUACACGGUGUAUUUUUAAAUUAUUUCAUUCCUGUUCAUACACUGGUGAAGAUAUUUUAAUUCUUAUUUUAGUUUGAUGUUGUAUAUAUUUUACAUGUGUGAGGUUGCUGACAUGAUGCUAAAAUGUAUCAAAUAACCAAAAAGAAGUGGAUUUUAUUGUACUGUGCUGUAAAUGGAUUAACCAAUCUACAAAUCAUCUGAAAUGGGUCUCUCUGUUUGUUUUUGUAUAUUUGACUAUUAAAUAUAUUUCUACAACAUU